AUGAGCCGGGCCGGUGCUAAAGGAGGGGCCAAGCGCCGUAAGAACAAGCGGGGUGGUGGAGGCGGGGACCACAGCACCAUAAGCAGUGGCAGGGACAGCCCAACUGCCAUGCUGGGCAGCUCGCAGGACACUGCCGUUGGAGUCCCGGGUGCCACAAUGGCGGCAAACAGGCCCGUCCGCGUGAGCGAGCCUGUGGGCAGCGCCGCUUCCGGAGGGUACGCAGAGACUUCUUUUAACUUUGGGGACACUCGAAGAAGUCCACGCUCCGCUGCUGUUGAUUACUGUGUUCUGUGCAGAACCGAGCGUAAAGAUUCUUCUUCCCUAGAGAGUGGGAUUGAGGUUGCGAGGAAGUUGGGCCUUUCCAUGCCUCCCAUGGGCCGCAGUGAGCCACACCAGGCGCUGUGGGUGUGUCUGAACUGCCAGUGGGCCUUAGAGAAGUUGAGGAUUUAUCGCGGCUCAGACCAGUCAUCACCGGGCCAUGACCACUCAGACCAGUCAUCACCGGGCCAUGACCACCCUGACCAAGGCCCUCGUAGUAAAUCCCCGGAAGGGGCAAGUGGCGGGAGGCUGCCCCAACCCUCAGAGACCCCACGUUGCGUUGAGGUCUGCAAGGAGCCCAGAGCGACCUCCACAGAGUUAAACCCCGAGUCGCAGCAGCUGCAGGACGACUGGGCAGAAGUGCGCUACUUUGUCCGCGGCAUGUACCGCCACGCAGGGACCACGCUGGUGCCCGACAGAGAGUGGAUGAGGGAGCUCAUAGAUAGACUCUGUAAGUCAGACCCCUCCCAGCUAUACCAGCGGUUGGAUCAACAAGCACGAGACUACCUGCUGGAGAUGAAGAUCCGCCUCCUGCGACGGCUGUCAACCUCAUCCGGAGUGCCAUCCUGCCUGCAGAAUCCUGUGCAAGCCUACCAUUUCAUCUCCCUGCUCCUCAAGGAGUAUGGCAACUUCUGCCAGGCGGCACGCACCAUCGGCACCUUCCUCACCACUCUAGAAAAUAAACACUUGACUGUGUUCCAGGUGACAUGGGAACUGCAUAAUAAACACCUGUUUGAAAAUCUGGUUUUUUCAGAGCUGCUUCUCCACAGCAACUUGCCAGCACUGGUGUUGCAAAUCAGGCUGGGAACUACAUUGCAAGACACCUGCAGCAGGGACUUAUACAGCGCCUUGCUGCAACAGUACCAGCACUUGGAGGAGGAGAUGCACAGUGUUGCCAAGGAGUGGUUGCAGUGCCAGAAGCGGGUCACUAUCUACAUCAAGGAGAAGUUAACCCCUAGGAGAGUGGGCACUGGUGAGGACUUGACCAGUGCCAUGACGCAUGUGCUGCCAUCAUCUGAUCGCCGCUCACACAUCCUUAUUGGUAGCAUCGUGGACCCUCUCACUCCCAGCAACACCCUCGUCUGCCAGCUGCCACACCAAAUGGGUUCUUCUGCUCCUGACCGUCUCUCUGAGAGUCACCUGCCCAGCAUGUCGUUAGCAAGCUUGGGGUCAGGUUCUAGCUCUCCCAUUCCAAUCCAGCAGCAGCCCAGACUCACCCACACAGACAAUGUAUCUACACCAACUACUGGCAGUGAUGAUGAUGUGGCUUCAUUGUCAGCUAGAUUUGCUGAAAUGUAUCCAUCGGAUAACAACAAUACCGAGGUAGUGAAGAAGAGGUCUGAUGCCCUGGGGGAACCUGCCGGCUUCUUCAUCAGCAGUUCGAUCCUGGCUGUGUCAUCCAGUUACAGCCCCCACUACAAAGGUCAGGGUAGCAAGAGAGGUGGCUAUGACCCAAGGCAGAAAGGCAGGGAAAAGAGUGCAGACAAAGACAGUUGCUCCGAGCACAGCUCCAACACCAGCAGCGGCGUCUGCACCUGCACCUAUGCUGGCCAGAAGGAAGGCAAGUUUUGUGACUACUGCUGUGAAUUCUUCAGGCGCAACUGGCCUUCAGCUGCACAAAGAGGUAGAAAUUAUGAAGGCAUGAGGGAAAAGCUUCGUUUCCGGCUGGCAAAGAGAAAAGAAGAGCAAUCGAAGAAAACAGAUCAGCUCUCUGAACAGGAGAGUGCGGUGGAUCAUCGCACAGUGGAGGACUUGCUGCAGUUCAUAGACAGUUCAGAUACCAAGCCUGUGAGCAGCACACGGGCAGCUAAGAGAGCAAGACAUAAACAAAAGAAGCUGGAGGAGAAAGCUUGCCUUGAAGCAGAGGCCAAGGCCCGGGAACAAGAACACCUCCAAGAGGAGCAGAGGCAACAGGAGCAGAAACAACAGGAGGAAAUGAAGGAGCAGCUUCCAGAGGAGUUUCAGCAGCUUCAGAAACCCCAAGCUGUGAAAAAGAAGGAGAAACUAAGAAAAGACUUUCCCAAGUUGGACAGUGGUUCCCUAGAGCAAACUGAAGAACCAAAAACCUCUUCUCACUCACCUUCCAGACACGCAGCCCACACAGUGUCAGGGGCUCAUGGGGAUUCCAAGUUUGUCCUGAUGAAGGAGGUCAGUGGGAAGCAGCAGGAGCCCUUCUCUUUUCCCCUAGACACAAAGCAUCGCCACAAGGAGGGGACUGGCAGGCAAAAGCCAAAACAGGCAUGGAAGGCCAGCAGCGAGCCAAGGAGGGGGCCUGCGGAGUUCUCCGGAGCCUCAGAGAUCCAGCCCAGAUCCCAGACCCAGACUGAGCCAAAGGCUAAAGAGCUUGAUCUCACUUCAGUGUCAGAGCAGCAGAGAAAGGAGAGAAAAAUCAACAGAAGCAGUAACAAGAAACAGCUGGAACAGGUCAAAGCAGGGAAGGCAAGCUCAGGCCCCCCUGAGCCCACCUGCCGUAGUAAGCAGGUGUCCCACAGCAAGCAGGUGUUGGCAGACACCCCUCAGCCCAAGGGCAAGAGCAAGAAAAACAGGAAGAAGAAGGGAGACAGAGAAGGAGAUGACACCUCGCUCGAAGAUGUCUUUAUGCCUAAAGACAUUGACCUAGAAAAUGUGGAGAUGGAUGAGACAGAGAAGGAAGUGGAGUAUUUCAAAAGAUUCUGCUUCGAUUCCACCAGAGAGACCCGACAAAGAGUGUCCAUAGACUGGUCCAAUUUUAGCUUGAAAAAACCACCUUUUCUGCCCCCCAAAUGA